AUGUCUUCGCGUAAAAGCUCAGUCGACAGUAUGGGCGAGUUUUUCGGCGCAUCAAAAACUGAUAAUAAUAAUAUUGAGAAGAAACCUGAGGAAGAUGACAUAUCACCAUCAGCAGCCAUCACAACUCUUAUCAAAACUCAGCCUGUUAUCCACCAUCCACAAACAGCUUCAGAUACAUCGAACAAAAAUAGUCAACAUACCCCAUCGAAAACUAACCUUAGUAAGACACCAGCAUCGCUAUCACCGAAAGCAAAACCUAUUGAUACACCUCAAUCAAAACUUUACGAAUCAGAUUUCGAUGAUGACAAACGCCAAACAAAUACUGAGAGAAGUCUAGAGAAUAAAAAAAAAUUUAGUUCAGGACGACUACUACCACCGCCUAAACAGCAUUCAUAUGAAAGCCCUCGUCGUGCUACGGAUUCAAAAUUAAUAGCUUCAUAUACAACUACUAAUCAUAUCAAUAAAAAUCCUAAUAAUUAUAUGCGACGCAAAGAAAGAUUUCUACCGAAUAUUCGUCCGCCAAAACAUCGUAAAGGCAUACUGAAGCGUCCUACAAAAGAUCAUAGAAGUGAAUUUGAGAAACGGAUAACAUCGGCAAAAAGACAUCAAAUGAAUCAACUAAAUUCUUGUAUAGCCGAAGUACGGCGACAAUUGGAAGAAGAGCGCGUCGAAAAUCGAACAUUACGUUUAAUAAAACAUCGUGAAGAAAAAGAAUUAACAAAAUUUGCCGGUCAAGAAGAAGAUUUGCUUCUUGUUUUGCGAAAUUUUUCAAAUGAAAUUGAGCAAGUCAAAGAACAAAUAACUCAUGAACGAGAAGCUAAUGUAAAACUUGAGAAACAAAUGGCACAUCGUGAUCGUAUUUUAAACGAUCAAAAACGACGAAUGAGAGCUUAUAUAAAAUUAAUAGACGAACAAGAUCUUGACGAUGCCGAAGAAUUACGUGAACGAUUAAAAAAAACAAAUAAAAAAUUAAAACAAAAUCAAGAACAACUUUCUAAUCAAGAAAAGCAAAUUGAAAAUCUAGAGAAAAACUAUCGUCAUGAAAUUCAUCGAGAAUUAUUAAAACGACGUGAUCUUAAACGUGAAAUUGACGAUCAGUCCAAUAAGUAUACAAAUCUAUUUCUUAAAUUCGAAGACAAAGCACGGCAAGUUGAUACAAUGCAUAUCUACAUUCAACGGGGUGGUCGUCGGCCAUCGCAUUCAUCAACGAACCUAUUGAAAUCUCUUUCCUUACAAUCGCUCGAAGAUGAAUCACCACGUUUUAGAGAAAAAAUUCUCGAAUAUGAUAAAAAACGUCGAGAAGAAGAAAAACUCAAACUCAAGUCUAAACCACUACCAUUACCUAAUCACAAUAAUAAUUCCCCGCCAAAACGCGAACGAAAAAAAUACGUACCUAACGUCGAACAAAAGCUACCAAUCAAAAAACCUACAGCGGUGGUGCUAUCACAUGUAAAACACGAUGAAAAACCAUCGACAAUUGAAAAUGAACCUUUGCCAGCCAAUGGAAAACCUCCGGUUCGUCGUUUAUCAACACCAAAGAGUACUGAUGAAGAUAGAAGUGACUUAGACCAAGAAACUGUUAGCGAUUUCAUACAUCUAAAACCUCCAUCAGCACCAUCAAAAACUAUUCAACGACGUGAACAGCAUCUAUCUCAGGCGCCAAUUCAUAAACGUUCACUUACUCCUACUUCACCACCAUUUGACCCGAAAUUUGCUACAUUGGGAACGAAUGGAACUACAACAAGACUAAAUCCUUUCCGAAACAUGGAACCAUUAGCACCAAUAAAACCUUCCGUAAAACAUGAACUUGACGAUAAAUGGAAUAGUACAUUCGAUGCAGACGAUAAAGAAGAUCAACGGUCAACGUUAACUUCUGAUCAGUCAACAAAGAAAACGCCGCCAUCUUCUCAACCUUCAUCACUAAUUAUGUUUGAUCCUGCGACAUCAUCAACAAAUGGUCAUCAAAAGAAGCCACCUGCACGUGUAACAGCAACAACGAAUAUGUUCGAUUUUGAUCAAAGUGUCAAUAAUUUACACGACGGCGUACCAAUUUCUACGCCAACGAAAACGAAACGAUCUGUUGAUCCAUUUGAUUCUCUAUUUGGUAACAAAACUAAUAAACCAACCACUCAUAUGAAUGGUCGUGAUGAUACAUUUACUACGGCAACAACUGAUAAAUCUGAUCCGUUGGAUUUUAAUUUUGAUAAAACAGCACCUGCAACCACAACAGUAUCAACAGCAAUAAAAACAACAUCGAAACAAUAUCCAUUGAAAAACGAUAAAUUGCAACGACCAAAAAUAAUAACAACUGCACCGAAACCCAUACCGAAUAGGACUGUUGUUGAAGAAAUCGAAGAAUUUAUUUUGUGA